AUGGCGGAAAUUCCGAAGCAAGUCACGCUCCAACAUAAUUCGAAGUACGGCGCGAUGCAAUGGGAAUGGACGGUCAAAAUCUUGGAAGAGCCACAGUUUCCAAGCAGUGGGGCGCGCAUAGUCCGAAGUGGCACCUUUGCCAAAGUCCGUGGCCGAAAGGCCUUGACGAGAAGCUGCUUGAGCAAUUCACUGGAGCAAGACCGUGGGCGUUGGCGACCGGGGCUACCGGGGCUCAAAGUGAGACACCUUCGUGUGCACCUCACCGCUGAAGUCAAGACGCGCGGCGUCACACUGGGAAGCUGUCACUGCCGACCUCACUGGACCUACGCUUCCACUGAGUUUGAGCUCUACAGCAAUGUGACUGAUUCACAGUUAGUCCUUGCCAAGAAUGAGCUCUACUUAGCAGACUGUGAUAGCAAGGAGUCCAACAAACGUGAUGUCCUGUCCGUAUUGCUGGGCAUCGUGGGCAGAGCAGGUAUUGUAGUUCUUGCUUGUACGAAUUUCCUGCACCAGCUGGACGAUGCAAUGGUUCGACCUGGUCGCCUAGAGAAAUGGAUCCCAGUCCUUCCUUUCAGCUUCGAAGAGAGGUUGAAUUUCUUCGCGGAGAAGGUGCUGAGCGUCUUCGAUGGUGCUGGGAAAGGCUUGUGUCGGCCUUCUGGAUGGAGUGUUGCCGACUUGAUGGAUUCGACUGUUGCGGACUUGGAUCUCUUGCGUCGCAAGAGUGGAAUUCUCAUGGCGAAAGUGAAUGAAUCUGGGAUGAGUCAGGCGGAGCUCAACAAAAACUUUUGCGACCUGAUGCAGGAAGAGCGGGCCAAAUCUCGGAUGAAGCUGCCACCGCAUCAGACGCGCUUGGAUUUCUUGGGAAUAUUUAUUUGUCAAGUGUUCCUGGCGCAAGCGGAACAUCUAAUUUUCGAUCUUUGUAAAGGCGCUUGA